AUGAAUAACUAAUCUGUUAAUGUAUAGUAUAAUGAUCAGAUAAAAAUGAAGGUAUCAGAAGUAUUUCAAACACAUUACAUUAAUACAGAACCCUCAAAAUAAGAAUAAUCUAUUGUAAUUUGCUUAAUAAUAUUUGGUAACAUAAUUUGGAACUUAAUUGCAAAUUUUUAAAAUACUCAAUUAAGUAAUUAUCGUUAUGAACUAACAAUAAAAAUAAUAGAAAUAUUAUGGAUUAUAUUUCAUCAUUUGAAGAAAAAGUAAACAUUUCUAAAAUUUUAGAACUACUUAAAGUCCAGAAUCUCUUCUGAAUUUAGGUUUAGUAAUUUUGCUGAUAAAUAGUUUAAUUACAACUUUAACUAUAAAUAAGUAAAAUCUAUAUUAUAUUUUGUAGUAUAGAAUCUAGAUCAGAAUAAGUAUUAGACUAAUUUACUUUCUUCAUAUUAAUCCAUCAAUAUAUCUAUAAUCGAUUUUCAUUAAAAUUACAUCAUAUGCAUUAAGUAUUUGGAAUUGGUAGUGUUUUGUUGUUUUAAAGUAUUUGGGGAGUACAUUUUAUUAGUACAAUAAAAAUGAUAACAGUAUAAUUUGUUUUUAUUUUAUCAAAAUAAUUAAGAUAACAAAGACUGUUUAAUGAAACAUAAAACAAAAUUAAAUAAUUUAAUUAAGAAUUAGAUGAAAUGAAAUAACAAUAAUAAUAAUAGAUACAUAAAUAUUAAGAAGAAAUAGAUUCAAAAUCAUAAAUGUAAUUAUAAUCUAGAGCUAAUGAUUUAGUGAAUAAAUUAAAAUUAAUCAAAUUUAAGUAAUAAUGUGCAAUAAAAAAUUAAAUGUUAAAAAAUGCUAGUUAAUAAUAAGAAAAAUUAUAAUCCAUGAUAUCUAUAACAGAAGUAUUUGGUAAAGAUGAAAUUGAUGAAGAUACAAACUAAAAUUAUUAAACUAUUUCUCCAAAAAUAGAAAAUGUUAGAAGAAGAACAAAUAGAACUUUAUCUUAAAAUUCAGAUUUAAAAGGUAAAAAUUUAUAAUUUGAUUUACAAUAAACUCAUUCUGAUCAAAAUAUUGUUCAAAGAGAUGAUUUUAUAAAUAUUGAUGAAAUUGAUGACCUUUUAAAUUUAUUAACAGGUAAAAAAGAUAAUAUAUGGUUACCUAAAUUUUUAAGAAGUCAUAGAUCAUUAGAUUAUUAAAAUAGUAAUUGUAGUAUAUAAUAAACAUCAAAAGAAGAUUAAUUUAGUUAAGAUGCUAAAAAGUAAAUAUAUAUAAUAAUUAGAUAGAUUCAUACUUUCACAUUUUACUUAAAGAGAAGCCUCUUUUUAAUAUAUUGAUGAUAUAUCAGAUGAUAUGGAUGAUAUUGCUUAAAAAACUCUAAUAGAUUUUAAUAUUAAUUACUUACAACCAGAUUAUACAUUAAAUAAUUUAGAUUAAUCAUAGAGAAUGAUGUUUAUAGAAGGAUCUAUUAAUUUAUUUAAGAUUUUUAAAGUUAUCUAAACAUUAAAAAUUACUAAUUUAGAAACACUUGGUGAAUUUAGUGUCAAAAUAGAAUCUUUAUAUUAAAAUAAUUUUUAUCAUAAUUCAAUGCAUGCAAUUGAUGUUGCAAAUUCAACAGCAUUUUUCUUAUAAAAUGGAUUAUCUAUUUUAAUAGAUGAUUUCUAAGCUACUUGUUUAUUGAUAUCAUCAUUAGCUCAUGAUAUUGGACAUCCAGGAUUAAAUAAUGGAUUUAUGACUGCAAAUAGAUGUAGAUUAGCCUUAUUAUUUAAUGAUUAAAGUGUUUUAGAAAAUUAUCAUUCAUUUCUAUUAUUUUAAGUACUCACUUAAAGUAAAUGCAAUAUUAUUGAAAAUUUAAGUUCUAAUGAAAUCAAAGGUUUUAGAAAAUAUUGUUUAAAUCUAAUUCUUGAUACUGAUCUUACUAGACACUUUUAAUUGAUGAAUAAAUUUUAAAAUUAUUUGAAUGUAAAUGAAUCUCCUGCUAUUGAUUAAUAAUUAAUUAUGUCAAUUGGAAUUAAAUGUGCAGGUAAUUAUUAUUUUAUUUAAUUAUUUAAGAUGUUGGUCAUGGAGCAAAAGAAUUAAAAUUGCAUAAAUUAUGGAGUAGAAAAAUUAUUGAAGAAUUCUUUUUAUAAGGAGAUUUAGAAUAAUAUUUAAAAGUACCUAUAUCACCAAUGUGUGAUAGGAAAUAAAAUGUUUCGAAAUCUUAAGAAGGCUUUUUAAAAGCAAUAGUUUUACCUAUGUUUGAGGCCUUCUCAACAAUAUUAAAAAAGUAAUUAAUUUAUUUGAUAAAUAGUGAAAUUAUCUAAAAAACUUGUGUUGACUAAGUAAAAUUAAAUAUAGAAUAUUGGUAAUAAUAAGAGACAGAUCAAGAUUUUAUGUAAGAAACAACUUUUGACACUAAUGCAGGAUUAGAAACCCUUCAAAAGUUUCUUCAUGAACCUCUUCAUAUUGAGAUUUGA